ACAACCUUCGGGGCCGGCCGGGUAUCUCCGGCAAGUUGGGGCGGUCACAUUCCUCAGAUCAUAUCACUUCUUCUGAAGGUCAAAUUGUUGCAGCUCAAUGCCAUCUGCCAGCAGAGCAGGCGGACCUCCAGGACAUCCAUCAUAAGCCAUUACCUAUGCCUAUGUCUCUUGCAACCGCUUCCUGUUCUUCCAAUACGUCACGCCAUGUCUAUCGGUCGUCUGGACGCCAAGGUCAAAUUAGAUUACCCUUCUCGAGUCCAUUAUGGUCCCGAUGACAAGGUGACUGGCUGCGUGCACCUCACUUAUUAUCCAGAAGCGAAGACGAUUUCUGAUUCCAACCACGAGCUGUUCGCCAAGCUAGCCCUGGACGUGACUUUCCAUGGUCGGGCAAAGAGCAAGAUUUGGGUCAACCGAGGUCAACAACGGAGUAUUCAUCGUGGUCGAGUUCAGUUGUUCACCAUCACCAAAAGGAUAUACCAUGAUGUCUUCAAGAUCCAAUCGGGAGAGAGUCUACCCAUACCGUUCGAGCUUUCAUUUCCCGAACGUGCCCAAUUGAUAGGGUAUCAAGAGGAAUGGAGAUCAAACUUUAGGUUCUUGGGCCUUGAAUCGAAUUUGAUUCUACCUCCUUCAAUGCACAUCGAAAGGUCUCUCUUUGGGAAUUCGGCAUCUGCCUUUGUGGAGUAUAGAAUUGGAUGUUCAGCUCAAGUGGAGAGACUCAAAGUGGUCGUUACGACGCCUAGUCGAGCUUUGGAACCGAUAGUCAAUUACGAUAGACCCAGACGACCCAUGAUCCAUUCUGAACCUUGGACACUUCGCGGUAUGGUCACAGUCUCGAACAAAGAGCUGAUGAAGGCGGCUUUUCAUUCGGAUUAUUACCCAACGUACACCUUUGACUACACCGUUGAUUGUCCCAGGGAGAUAUACAACCAUUGUCCAAUCACGUUGAUCGUCAAGAUCAUGCCGAAGGAAACGACGAUCAGGCGGUCCGAUUUAGUCGAACCCCUUGUGACGUUUGGUGAAUGCUCGAUGGAAUUCCAGUCUGUCGCGAGUAUUCGAGCAUCAGCUGGACUGUUGAGUGAACACGAGUACGAGCGGGACGAUCAAGCAGUGACGCUUAGAGGGAGACAAGAGCCAAUGGGCCCGUUCAACGCGUCCGAGGGGAACACCAAGGUCAUCACCUUUGAUCCAGUCUUCGUACCUAGUUCAUUCAAGUUUGUCAAUAUCACACUCGGUUACAGGAUCAAGGUCAAAUACGAGUUCACAGUGGCAGGCAAAGUCUCAACAUUUGGAAAAGAAUACCAAGUGUCUGUUCGACCUCCACCUCCAGGGACGAACCAAAGCUCUGCACAGACAGAAGUCGCUCCGAGCUAUCGCGAUGCUAUGGCCAGUCGCAAUUCCUCGUCGUCCUCUUUGGCAGGUCCGUCUUCCAAGGAAAUUUUAGCGUCUACUCAGGUUAAUCCCAGUUUGCCUAGGGAUCCCCCACCGCCAACGUACGAUGAAUAGACGAAAUGUCGCAUCCAGCUGCGUCAAUUCAGGGGACUUGACACUCCUCCUCCUUGUUCGCUGUGCCUGCUUCUUAAGCGCCCGAUGCAUACACUAUGAACACCACAAUCGGACCUCGCCAUCGGCUCCGGAACUGACCAACCACGGUUUCUCAGGGUGCCACCGGACGUCUAGUACGCCUAGCCCUUCGACAAUCUUGUGACCUCGGAGAAUCUUGAGCGGUACAAUGAGCGGAUUCUGCAUCAGAUCGGUGUAGAUCGUCGCGUGAAAUACAUGGAUGGUCCCAUCAUCGGAGGAAGAAGCGAACAGUGGUAGUGUAGGGUGAAAGGCGACGGAUCGUAGAGCUCGAGAAUGGUAUCUACAGGAGUAG